AUGCCUACUUACGAUGAAGCAUCUAAGCUGCCAUAUCUAUCGAAUGUAAUUGACGAAACACUGCGGCUAUGGGGACCUCUCAACACAGGCAUCCCUCGAAUUUCCACAGGCCGCAUGAUUGGUGGAGAGUAUUUUCCCGCUGGUGUUGGCAUUUCCAACAAUCCUUACGCCACAGCCAGAGAUCCAGAGGUUUUCCCCGACCCGGAAGCAUAUGAGCCUGAUAGAUUCAAGCAUGACAGAGGAAAAGAUGAGACCGAAAGAUCAGGGUGUCUUCUCGCCCUGGGACGAGACUUUGCUGGUAUGGGUAAAACACGCGAACAGUACUUGAUUACAAUCUUCGUGUAUAUCUAG